AUGCAAGACGUACAACGCAAGCGCAGUUUCAACACGUCGACCGUCUCGCACGACUUUCGCAAAGAGUACAAGGGAUCUUUGUGAGUUUUUUUUCGCAUUUUUCUCACUUUUCACCCAUUCCGACAAGUGUGCUUUUUUUGCAUUUUUUAGCCUCGAGAAAAAGUGCAAAAAGACACGAAAAGAGACGAAAAUGAUGGGAUUGCGGUCGAUUGCCGAGUGGAUUUUCGCCAAGGCUUCCGGAAAAAAAUCCAACGGCGCGCAGGCGUUCGGCGAGGCGAAAAAGAGUGCGGACAAGAAGAAGUUGGUGACGAUUCAGGAGAAACCGACGUAUUUCGACGUGAGUUUGUAGGGGGGUCACGGGGUUUCCCUCUUGUUUUGCCCCACCGACGCCGACUCCAGACACCUCUUGCACUCUUUAUUUUCCGUUAUCAUCGUUCAAACGAAGACACGUUUUUUGUUGUUCUUCGCUUCGGAUCUUUGAUAUUUUGUGUUGAAUGCAACUGAAGAACAGCUGUCGCGGAUGUCUUGUGAUGUCUGAGGCUCACGUGAAUUGCACACACACACUUGUGACGUCAAUGAGAAAAGUUGAAAUCUUUUGGGAGAUCUCUUAGGAGAUGUCUGAGAUGAUAAGAAUCGAAUAGAGCGCUAUAUUGGCGCGAAAUUUGUGUUUUUUGCCAGAUUUGCCACGAAAAACCGAUAUUUUCUCAUAAAAUUUCGCGUUUUUCCAGGCGCCACUUAUGGGGUUAUUCCGGCUUUGAAAAAAAAUGAUUUUUUUCCGUUUUUUUCGUUUUUUUACGUCAAAAAACCUAAUUCAGCGAUGUAAAAAAACGAAAAAAAAACGGAAAACAAACAUACGCUGAAUAGCCCCAUUAAGAAAUUCUCAGAAAAGUUUGAGAAUUCCUUGAACAAGUUUUAGAGCAGUUUUAGAAAAGUUUAAAAAAGUCUUGAAAACGUUUUUUUACUUCAGAAUUCUUGAAAACGCACGGUUUCCAGAGCUGACAAUGGGCGCGCAAGUGCGCCACGCCCAAUAGAGCGAUACAUUGGCGCGAAAUUCGAAUUUUAACAGCAAAUUUUGUGCUUUUUGCCAGAUUAGCCACGAAAAACCGAUAAUUUCUCAUUUGCCUCUCGAAAGACCGAUUGUAUCGGCUAUUACGAAUUUUCUAAGCGCAAGAGCGUUAAAUUUGGUCAAGUCGCCAAUCACAUUUAUCCGUUUGAAGGUCUUCGGCUAAAACUGCGUGAAUUUCAGUUGCUUUUCGGUAAUUUUCGCGGUUCGAGCGCUCAAAAUGCUUGUAUUUACGUGAUUUAUCAUUCUCAAAACCGAUUCUGUCUGAAAACGGUCAAGAAAGCGCAAAAUUAAAAGUGCGGUUUUUAGGCGGCGAUCGGCGGCGAAGGCGAAAAAGCAAAGUCCGCCGAAAAAUGCGCCAAAACGUCAUUAAUUCUGAGAAUUAGUGUGUUUUCAUGUCGAACAAUCAUUUUUUUUUCGCCGUUGACCACAAAAAUCAGAGAAAACGUGCUCAAUUCAUGAAAACGCCAUUUGGCCGCCGAGGCCACGCCCAUAUUGUCAGCUCUGAAGACCGUGACGUGACUUUCCGUAAACACGCAUAAAUCUUCAGAUUUUCGGAAAUCUCGACAUUUAUUUUCAGCGUGUUCCCAAUGAGAUCCUCGUCGAAAUCCUAGAAAACUGCAAGCCGGACCCGUCGUCGGUCCUCUCGGCUCGACGAGUGUCUCGCCGCUUCAGCGCCUGCAUGGACCUUGUGGCCGACGUGAAAGAUCGGACUGUGGUGAGUACUUUUGUGCCUAAGGUUCUUCUUUCAUUGCGCAUCUUAUUGUAGCUCUCCCGUCUGGUGAUCACUGGACUCGGCAAGAAAGGCAUCGAAAUGCGUUGGGUCAGUUAUGUGGGUCAGAAGACGAAGACGACGGUGGUCCCGUGGUCCGUGAUUCGGAACGGAAGUCAACGAGCGUUCGAGUUCAACUUUAGGCGAUUCGCGAUUCAGAGAAUCUUGUUGAAGGUGAGUCGCAACCACAAUUCACAGAAAAAAACCGAGCACUCUUGCAGAACGUGCCCCUGUCCGACGAGCUCAUCGACUUCCUCCGUGGCCUACUCCAACUGGCGGAUCUCUCAAAGCUCCUCCAGCUCUCCCUAUCGCAGGUCGACUUCUCUCCCUCCAACUGUCUCUCCCUGCACCGUCUGCUCGCACCGCUGGCCAAAUCGCUCGAGAUCUUCGAGAUCACCCAAUGUUCGGGAAUGCGUUCCGACUCGGUCACCGACGAACACCUCGCCCAGCUCGACGCUCCGACCGUCCGUCGCAUCUGCAUCGACGGCGUCCGAUUCGCGUCGGGAGCCACCCGUCAGCUGGACAUUGGCGACGGCGCUCUUCGCCAUUUCGCACGCCUCCACGCGUUCCCGACCAUGAUCCUCGAUCGGUGCGCCGUCACCACCAACACCGUCUGCGACUAUACGAAAGAGUGGUUCGAGCAGUGCAACGAGUCCGAGAAGCAGUUGCGCAGCCAGGUGUGCACCGUCAAACGGUGUCCCCGCGUCAAAGGUGAGCAUUUGGGCUUCGCUAGGCCCUACAACCCGCCAAAAUUUUGCGGUUUUUGCCUCAAAAACACUUGCCAUUUUUCAGGAUCGGCAUUCGAGGCGGAGUGCCGUCGCCGCGGUCUCCGAUGCAAGAAUCGACGUGGAUCCGGCUCGCUGACGCUGUACAAUGUGCAGGAGGAGAAUACGAAGCGCGAGUUCACAAUCGCGUUGGCCGCGUUGGAGGAGAAGAAAAUUCAAGAGCAUUCAACUUAA